UCUAGACAUCGCCUCCACACACCACCAUCUAAUUCACCACUAUGGCCAACCGCGGAGUGCCGCUGUGCCCUCACAAUGAGAUAUUCUGCAUCCAAGAUUUGAAAGAGAAGGGAUCUAAGAAGCUCCCGCGGAUGUAUCGAGAGUACUACAACCAUGGGUCCAUGGAUAUGCUCACCCUGCAAGACAAUGAGGCAGCUUUUGAUCGAUUCAAAAUCAGACCCCGUAUCCUCCGAGAUGUUUCAAACAUCGAUCCUUCAACCACUCUUUGCGGAAAGAAGGUGGCCUUCCCAUUCGGCUUUUCCCCAGCGGCAGCGCACAAAAUCGCACACGCGGAUGGCGAGGUUGGCACGUCGCGGGCAGCUGCUGCCCAAAAUAUCCCCAUGGGGCUGUCGGCAUAUGCAACCACGUCGCUUGAAGAUGUCAUUUCCGUCGGAAAGGGCAACCCGUAUUUUAUGCAAAUCAAUUUCUUGAUGGACAAGGAGAUUAUGAAGAGUCUAUUACAUCGCGCGGAAGUGGCGGGUUAUGAUGCUAUUAUGCUGACCGUUGAUGCUCCUAUGUACGGAAUCCGAUUGAAUGAAGGUCGUAACAAUUUUGGUAUGCCAGACGGUAUCGAAUACCCCAAUCUCGCCCCCGGUAUGGACAUGAGAAGUUUAGCAAAGGAGGAAGACCCCCUUGCUUAUGAUCCCUCGGUUACAUGGGAAAGGGCCGUGAGAUUCAUGAGAGAAACGACCAAGCUUCCAAUCUGGAUCAAGGGAGUUUAUACUCCCGAAGAUGUUGAGCUGGUCAUCGAACAUGGCUUAGAUGGCGUCAUCAUCUCUAACCAUGGAGGGCGCCAACUUGACAGCGUUCCGGCUACCCUCGACGCACUCAGAGAAUGCGCCCCUGUCGCCAAGGGCCGCAUACCUCUCGCAAUUGACAGUGGCAUCCGUCGCGGCACAGAUAUUUUCAAGGCACUAGCCCUAGGUGCAGACUUUUGCUUUGCCGGGAGAAUUCCUAUUUGGGGCCUUGCGUGGAACGGGACUGAGGGCGUUGAGUUGUCAAUUAAGCUUCUGUACAGGGAGUUCCAAAAGACCAUGGGAUUAGCUGGAGUUUCAAAAGUUCAAGACAUUUCAACGGCUCAUUUGUCGGUGUUCGACCACAAGGGCGCAUUGAGCAGACUGUAG